UAUACAUAAUCUUUUUAUUUUUAUCAAAAGAAAAUGUUUGCAUCUGUAGCUUAUAUAUAUUAGUGGUUCAUGCAGCUAGAUGCGAUAUUAAUAAGUCUGAAAUUAAAAUUCCAGCAAUUUUAACCCUUUCUCGAUUUUUUAAAAUGAAAAAGAAAAAGCAGGAAAUGAAUCUAAAAGCUAAAAAGAAAUAUUUUAAAGGAACCAAUCAUUCAAAAGUUUAUCCUUGAUAUCAAUUUUGUGGGGCUAAAAGACCGUGGCUGAGAAUGUCUAGAUUCCAAGCUUGUUGCCCAAAAAAGUGAAGAAGACAAACACUAUUAGUAGUUUAUUUAUCAAUGCAUGGAAAACGCUGCUCCAGCAGAUUUUUCCUGCCAUGGAUGGGAAAUUGAGGGAAGCUGCGCAAUCAGGAAAUAUCGACAAUCUGUACGAAUUGUUUCGGGAAGAUCCACACCUUUUGGAGCACAUCGAUGAGGUUCCUUUCUUUGAUACUCCUCUGCACACAGCUGCAGCUGCAGGGCAAGUUGAUUUUGCAGUGGAAAUGAUGAACUUAAAGCCAUCAUUUGCCACAAAGCUGAAUCCUGAUGGUUUUACUCCAAUGCACCUUGCUUUGCAGAAUGACCGAAAUCAGUUGCUUUUUGAGCUUCUGAAAAUCAACAAAGAGCUGAUUCGAGUCAAGGGGAAAAAAGGUGUAACCCUUCUGCAUUACGCAGCUGAACAAGGAGACGCCGAUCUUUUGGCUAAGUUCCUUGCGGCUUGCCCUCAAUGCAUCAUUGAUGUAACUGUUGGAGGUCAGACUGCUUUGCAUAUUGCAGCAGAAAAAACCAAGCUUGAAGCUCUUGAACUCUUGGCUCGUUGGCUACGAAGGACUCAUAACAAAGAUGGUGGCUUCUGGGAACUAGAAGUCAUGAACUGGAAAGACAAGGAAGGCAACACAGUAUUGCACGUAGUUGCAUCCAACACCGAAAAUCAAGUUGAGAUGAUAAGACUAUUGUUGGAAUGUGGGGUUCGAAAGAACAUAAUCAAUUUGAGUGGCUUGACGGCUUUGGAUAUUUUACAACGCCGAAGGCAUGUUGGUAACAGGGAGGCCGAGGACAUUCUAUCCCAGGCUGGAGGUUUAAAUGCUUACUCAAUUUCCAAAUCUAGACCCUUGGCUGAGCUCUUGAGAUCAAAGGUUGAAUUUUCUGAAAGAUUAAUGAUAACUGUAACCCGGGCCAGACUCAAUAUACCAAGUGACACACGCAAUGCUUUCCUGGUCCUAGCCGGUUUAGUAAUAACAGCAACCUACCAAGCCAUUUUCAACCCGCCAGGUGGUGUUCGACAAGCUGAGGCAGGUUCCACUGAGGUUCCGAGUGAAGCAGGGAGAUCAAUCAUGGAUACAAAUAGUUUUCUUUGGUUUUAUAUUCCAAACACUGCAGCAUUUCUCACCACACUUUUCCUGACGGUUCUAUUCCUUAUAAUUGGUCCAAAUGGUGAAGUGGUUCUUUUUCCCCUGGUGCCAAUAGUCAUUUGCUAUGUCAUGUCGACUCUCGUCAUUACCCCAACUCCCAAGUUUACUUAUUUCAUUUGGCUCACUUUGGCGAUUGCUGCUGCCUCUGGAUGUUGGUUAUUUGGGGCUCAUCUCUAUUGGCUGCUAAAAAUAAAGAAAGUUAACAGAAGUUCUGGAGAAAUCAACAAAUCAGUGCUAGAAUGAAGGCAAUGUUAAAAAUGAAUCAGGACAAUGUUGAUCUCCAUCCCUCUGUCUCCUUUCGUUUUUAUUUUCUGUGAUUUUGUUUGGAUUUUAAUUGUGGGCUUGGAUGUUGUAGGAGUGGGUUCUUUUGAGCGCAACUUUGGGUUUAUUUGGUGCUUUCAAAAAGGAAAAAAAAAAAAAAUUCCCCACCCAA